AUAGAAGGAUAUCUUUUCCAGGUCUAGGAGGGAUGACAGACAGCUUUAGUUUGGCCAGUCAGGAUAGUAGUGUUUCCAGAAAGUCUGUCUCCACCGAUUUCCACCCAACAGACACAUACCAGGAUCAAUGGCUACCUCGACCCAGGUUUGUGGUGAAUAGUACGCCAUCCUCGUUGCCUCGGCGAGGCUAUGUUGAUCCUGAAAUAGCAGCAAAAUGCCAGAUGGUUGAGCUGGUGCCAGGGUCCAAAGUUUAUGUGUACCAAAGUGAUAAAGAUAUGGCUAUGAAACAUGGUGUUGACCGUAGGAUGUCGGCACAACAAGGCCAGACAGUUAGGGAUGGUACCAAGAUGGCUCGAUAUGUGAUGAGUCUGUUCUGGUCAGAAAAGGAACUUAUUGGACGCACCAUCACACCCACACCAAGGAAUAAAGAGCUUGUACCACUAGACAUCAAUCUUCUGUCCACCAUCUUAGAUUUCUGUAUCAGUGUUAGUAGCAACACCAGAGCACAAGUCAAAGAAGCCCUUAGGAAUAAGGUGACAGCUGCAAACACACGGGCUAAAUUUAAACGUUCCAAUCUCGUAACUCAACAGUCCAGCCCUAGUGACCAGCAACUCUACUGCAGUCAGCCACAAGAUAGUGUACCUAAUCAGGACAUCAAUGUGAUGCAACUUUCAAAUCCAUGAUGAAAAUAAAGACAGAGGUCAUUGAGCCAGACGAAAUGUACAGCAUGUCUACAGGUCAACCCUUGAGCAGGGACCCUGAUUACA